UCCUCUCCUCCGUGAGCUCCGUCACAGCUCCUCCACUCUCAGUGAUCGGGCAACCUUCGUCGAGUGUGGUCCAUUCUGUUCUUCCAAGAGUUCGGGUCCCGUCGAAAACUAAAAAACAGGAGAGGACAUAUGACUGUAUACGCGACAUAAUAUCACACAAAACAUUAAGUGUUAAGUGACGUUUGAAACGCAAGCAAAGGACCCCACAAAAGAAAGUCCACCUACAAAGAAAGUUCGCUUGCAAAGAAAAAGUUCGCUUACAGAGAAAGUUCGCUAACAUAGAAAGUUUGCUUACAUAGAAAGUUCGCUUACAAAGAAAGUUCGCUUACAAAGAGAAAGUUCGCUUACAGAGAAAGUUGCUAACAGAGAAAGUUCGCUUACAAAGAAGGCUCGCUUACAGAGAAAGUUCGCUUACAAAGAAAGUUCUCUUACAAAGAAAGUGCAUUUACGAAAAAGGACUAGAUAAAUGUCCUUAAGAACUGCAAGAAUGAACGAAGAGGAGGAGAGACAGAGAUAGAUAGAGAGAGAGAGAGAAAGAUAGACAGAUAGAGAGAGCUAAAAAUCAAGACAGGAUAGAGCUCAAGAAACUUUCGCUAAGCGAGACCAACUGUGAGUAUCUUCAUUCGUUGAAAAAGGAAUUUCUCGAGGACACCCUGGACUGGAAUGGCAUGGAAUGAGGACAGUCAGUGACUGGAAUGACGAUACAGAAAGUGGUUGGGCAAAGGGCUUUCAGAUGUUUCAGAAAAACACAAUAUUAAUUUUGAGGUGAAUUAUUUCCAGCAGGGCAUAAGCAACUGAUAAUUGCAGACUAUUUAAAGGAACUAUUGAUGUGUCUUUAAAACUUAUUGACGACUAAAGUGUGUCUUUGAAAGUUACUGGUCUUUAAAGUGCGUAUUGAAACUGUCUAGCAGUGUUGGACAUAAUGGUACAAUUCAUUACUCUGCUAAAAAAUAAUCACAAGUAUAUCUGAAUAUACGUUAAGUUUAGUGCAUCUCAUUGAACGAUGAUAUAUUGGAAAACCUCAUCAUUUACGCUUGAUAAAAAUGAAAAAUGAACAAUUAUGAAUAGCAAAUGAAAUAUUGGCGGCAAAACAAGAAGAAAUGACCGAAAACAAACGCAUCAAUGAAAAGUUGAAAGCCAAGACAGAUAAAAUGAUUUGGCUUACAUAGAAUAUAAUUGAAAACAGCAUGAAUGAUAAAAGAGAAUUUCGGAGACCCAGAACCAUAUUCUAAAGGAGAAUAUAUUACGAAAGAAGUCUUUAAAAAUGGCGUUUAAAACGGGCAAAUAAGCGAGGAACGAAUUCCGAAGCCAAACAGGAUUUCAAUCGAAAAAACCUCAGGUAGAAAAUUGAUUUUGUUAUAAAGAAUUCCGAAGCCAAACAGGAUUUCAAUCGAAAAAAUUUCAGGUAGAAAACUGAAUUGAUUUUUUUUUUCUUUUGAAAAAUGCCACCACUCGAAACGGACUAAUAAGCAAGGCAAGAAUUCCGCAGCCAAGAUGCCCUCUGCUGAGGAAGGUGGUGGUGCAACGCCUUCGCCUCAGGGUCCCGACGACGCCCCUGAGACGACCUACUACUACUACAACGACUACAACGACUCUGCCUGUUGGAACGGCACCAGGCCUCUGGACGAGUCGUGCUACGACAUCCCCACCUUCAGGCACUCCAUCCCCGUGACCGUGCUCUACUGCGUCGCGUACGUCGUGGUGUCGGUCAUGGGCGUGGUCGGGAACAGCUUCGUCGUGGCCGUGGUGCUGCGGGCGCCCAGGAUGAGGACGGUCACGAACGUCUUCAUCGCCAACCUCGCCGUAGCCGAUCUGUUGGUGAACAUAGUGGUCCUUCCUACGACUCUCAUCGGGCAUACACUCAAUGCCUGGGUCCUAGGCCUUUUCGUGUGCAAGACUGUGACGUACCUCCAAGGCGUGAGCGUCUCUGCCUCCAUCAACACCCUGGUGGCGAUCUCCGUGGACAGGGCCCUGGCCAUCUGCUACCCGAUGAAGUGCCAGAUCACCUCCCGCACCUGCCGGAGGAUCAUCGUCGUCAUCUGGGUGUUCUCUCUCACCAUCACCCUCCCCUGGGCCAUCUUCUUCAAGCUAGAGCCCAUUCCCAACACUGACCUCAAGAUAUGCACGGAAAAGUGGCCAGACGAAGAAGGGGGUAAUCUGUACUUCGUGUUGGCAAACCUGGUUAUGUGCUACCUGCUCCCUCUCACAGUCAUUUCUAUCUGCUACAUACUUAUAUGGCAGAAGGUAUGGUGCCGAAAGCUUCCAGGUGAGAGACAGGACGAAGGAGUGGCCAUGAUGAUCCACAGGUCCAAGAUCAAAGUGAUCAAGAUGCUGCUGGUUGUGGUGGUGCUCUUCACCAUGUCUUGGCUACCUCUGUAUGUAAUCUUUGCGAGACUAAAGUUUGGGUCACAGCCAACAGAAAUGGAGUACCAAGUCAUACACAUCUUGGCCCCGAUCGCUCAGUGGCUCGGAGCCUCCAAUUCCUGCAUCAACCCAGUACUUUACGCUUUCUUCAACGACAAGUUCAGGUCGGGCUUCAAGGCCAUCUUAAUAUCCCGUUCUUGUUGCUCACCUCUGCGCCUUGACACAUCCAACAAGGGUCCCUCCUCCGGUCGCACCACAAAUCUCACAUCUCUGGAGUCUAAAGUUUCCUCAGACUUCUGUUCCACAUCAUCAGGGUCAAUGGAACCCCAGCGGAAAUCUCUCUUGGUUCAGGUUUCAACUGAGGGUCAAGGGAGAUGCCCAGUUUCCUCUACAACCACAAGUACCACCACAGUACCCAAAAAGCGGUCAGUGACUGAGAGAUCGUCAAAAACUUCGAUGAUCCUUUACAGAAAAUGUAUUCUCAAUAAUUUCACUAACUGUGCAAAUGCACAGAUAAAUGGUAACUCAACCUAUGUAUAAAUUUUUUUUUGUUACCUGUACUAAGAAUUACAUGUUUUAUCAAAGAUAAUCCUGACAUAUUUAAAUGAUUUGUUUCUUCAGAUAUUGAGAAACAGAGCCUUACGUGUCUACCCACUUGUAACUUUACAAAUGAGUGAAAACAUUCCUUCAUCAAACAUGGAACUCCGUAACUCCUUUCAAGUUUGGUAUACCUUGCCUCACUGACUGGAGAAUCUGUUCCACAACUUGUAGCAGAUACUUCAUCUCAGGUUACCUCAUGUUGUUUCCAACCCUUUGGCAGGGUUAUUGCCUCUGUAUAGUAAUGGGUUUCCAUAGUCUUAAAAAUUCAAUUCCAGUCCCUUACUUGAAGGUACAUUUGAACAAUUCUUUUCCUUUAUUGGUACUGCAUCCAUUCUUAUUUAUUUAAAACUGUUAUGGUAACUAAGUACUAAUUAUUCAUUAUCAGCAUUUGUUUUGCUCUACUUCCUACUGUUUACACCGUCCUUUAAUUUUUCUAUCUGAUAAGUAAGAAAUGCGCUCCCAAAUCUUCAAGUCAUAAAUCAUUUAGUUUCUCUUCUUGUAACAUUAGGUCACUUGCACAAUCCUCUUCAGAAAAUUAUCCAGCCCUGGACCACUACAAUUAUGAUAAGAUAACUUAAGCCUUCCAUUUCCUAAGUCUUAGGUAGCUAAAGACUAAAUUUGAAGAAGAUUUAAGGAAGCCCGGGGCCAAAAGAAACGUUGCUCAGGUAGCACAAAGCUAAGGUGAGUUUAUGUAAGGUGAUGGAUGGUGUCAACAGGAGCAAAGCCCCUAAGCUCCAGCCAGACAAGGUACUGAACCUUAGGUGAGGUGAGGUGAGGUUGGACUUGGUUAGAAUGUACUGGUAUCUGUUAAGAGGCCAUAUUCUAGCCAAUGUUUUGUCAGUCUGAAGAAUACAUGGUCAGAUAACUGUCCUCUAGUCCGGCAAAAUGUUUACACCCUACAUAUGGCAUCGCCCAGCCAAAAACUGUUUGAUUCUUCCAGUACUAUGAUUGAGUUUUGGAAAACAAAAAUGUGUGCUUACCUAAACAGUGAUGGCAAAAUCACAGACAAGUAGGCUAAAGCCUAACUGAAAACUUCAAUUACUAAUCAUGGUUGGAUAUACUGGUACAAAGUUUUCUUUCUCUGUACAGGACUACUUUCCCCUGGCCCUCGGGUUUAUGGCCUACUGCUUUUCCAACUGGGGUUGCAGCCUGGUUUAUAAUAUCAAUUUAGCUAAUGAAAAUAUUAAAAAAUCUUCAUGAUCUGAUUCACUGUUAUGGACUAAGAUUAUUACCUAACUCUGAGAACUGUACUGCAUCCAGUAAAUCACAUUAUCUAGUAUGCAGAUCAUCAAUUUUUAAAUAUGAUUCCUACUCUAACCUCACCUAAGGUACCGUCCUCCCUGUCUUAGGAAGGGGUUUUCCCCCUCCCUCUGAAAUUCCCAAGCUAAGCUGAACAGAGCCAAAAGAUAUUUUCCCAUCUCAGAUGACCCAUAAUUAGCUAUUUAUUAAUAAUAUGAAGUUUUAAUAAACUAAACAAAAAAAUUAUCAUUCAGUUUGGCAAAAUCAUUUUAAAACCAAUUUAGCCUAAAUACCAAAUUUAUUACUAAAGGCAUAAAUUAGGCUGGGUCGAUUUUACAUUUGCAAUUACCUAAUUACUAAUUAUAAACCACAAAUUAUUAUAAUAGCUAGUGUCAGGAAAAUUAUUUUUAAUGUCUAGAAAUGCCAAAUGGUAUUUUUGUCUGAACAAUGUUUCAAAAAAAGAAAAAUAAAAAUAUUCAAAACACAUUUGAUAGGUACCAGGUAUAGGUAUAGGCUAUAGCUACCUAUCUACUAGGUACUACCUAUAGGUAAUAGUAAGUAGCUAUGCAUAACUUUCACAAUUCUAGCCUACUAUAGUAUAUACUUCUUCGCUCUUAAAUUCAGUCUUUCACAUUUCACAGAUUUACUUAGCCUAAUACACUCACGAACUUCCAAAAAUACAUUGGCUAAUAUUCUGGUAAAUGUGCAAAUAAUCGAACAACCUUUCAGUUUCCGAGACUUAUCCAUGGCAAAUGACACUUGUUAUCAUGUUAUGUCAACAAUGGUAGCUUUGUCAUACUAAUCACUAGAGUAAUUGCGAGCUUGGCCGCCAUGAUUGAAAAGGGCAUAUUGUCCAUUUGGACAUCAGCAUAAAUUUUUAAUUUUACUAUUUUCAGGGUAUUUUAUUACAUUCAACUAUUCACAGUACCAAUUAGAAAGUUUUCACAAUGUAAUCAAGCACAAGUACUGCAUAUCUUCUACUGAAGUCGAGUUUCUUAUUAGCAUUAGUUAUCAAGAAUUCUCAUCCUAUUAUCCGGCCGUGGAAAUCCUUUAUACCGUUUCACAUAAUACAGAUUAUCAUCUUUGUAUAAGCAUAAAAACCGAAUAGUUAAAAUAGUCAUUUUUUUAUAAUGAUUUACUGUUUUUUCGAAAUAGCACUGAUAGUGAACCAUUAAAAGUCGACUACGUAAUUACUUUAGUUUAAUUAGCAUUGAAAACCUUCUUUACGGCGCGUGGAAGCUAUCAUGUAGCUCUAGCUGAUAAGAAAUUGAUGUUAAUGGUCGACUAAGAGUCCUUAUUUCAACGGCUAUGGUUAAUAUAUCUAUAAUACUACAAAAUUUAUAUAUUUUUACAUUUAACCUGACGAUAAUUAAAGUACCUUUCCCUUGUUUUAAAAUAUAAUUGCUGUGAUUACUGCGAAAUUAUUCUUGGAUGAUAUUUCUGUAUCUAACAAUAUUGUUUUUUUUAAAUACUUUGUAUUUUUUUUUAGUCAGAUUGUUUACAUAAGUUUGUGGUGUAUUGUUUAUCCCAUUUUCAAUGGCAUUUGCUGAUUUUAUUCUUAAAUUCGUUAAAAGUUUUCGUCGACACAUUAGGCCUACUUUCAACAGAUGACCAGAAAACAGCCAUAAAGCUCAUGUAAGUGUUCAAGUUUAAAUUAUGGGCUUAGUCUUUCAUAUUCUCCUUAUUCGUAAUUUUAACAUCCAGGAAAUCAUUUAGGAUAAAUGUCUAUUCUUACCGUUACAUAAAGUUAAUUUUAUUUCAAGAAUUUAAGUCUGGAUUCCACUAUAGGUCUAGAUUGUUUGGUGUUGUCAUCUUGGUAGAAAAUUAUUAUUUCUGAAUUUGUCUAUUGUUUGACUGCGUUAUUUUCAUUGUGCAUAGUUUCGGUUUUGUUAGCAUUAAGAAGAGUUUUACUUUAAAUAUAUAGGCUAUAGACUUUUUUUUCAAUUAGGCCUAAAGCAGCUGCGAAAGCUUUUGUCAAGUCUUUGGUUUUAAAUUACGAAAAGUUGAGCAUGUUCCAAAUUAGUUACAUUUAUUGUAAUUUUUUAUGCUCUUGGAUAAUCGGAAAAUUUGUUAUGCCUUUUCAAAUAUACAAACUCUCCCUACUUUACAAAAUACUAUAUACAGAAGACACCUACAUUACACCAAAUGAAAACUACAUUUUAUUGCUCCGCGUAAUAGUUACAUAGAUCUGCCCUAACGCGCUGUAAUGUGACAGCAAAGAGGAUGUUUCAGUAAUCCUUAAUCCUUAAGUAAUUCUAUAAAUAUCCUAAGACUGGGGUCCCGUCUACAUGUAUAACCUUAAGUUUUCUGGGAU